AUGUCUUCCGAGAUACACCACCAUUCUAGUGCCGGCAGCGGCACGGUCGAUGAGAAGAAGGCUUCCUAUGACCAGGAUGACCUCCGUGAAGGCCUCGUCGAGGUCUCUGGCAACGCAGACUCGUUGAAGCGCCAUCUCGGCAACCGCCAGAUCCAAUUGAUUGCUAUUGGCGGAACUGUUGGUACUGGUUUGUUUGUGAGUAUUGGAAGCGGUCUCAUGAACGGCGGGCCAGCGAGUCUCUUCAUUGCCUACACCUUCUACUCAUGCCUCGUCGGUCUCGUCAACAAUUGCAUGGCGGAGAUGGCCAUCUAUAUGCCAGUCUCUGGUUCCUUCAUCCGAUUCGCUGGAAAAUGGGUUGACGAGGCCUUUGGCUUCAUGUCCGGCUGGAACUUCUUUCUCUACGAGGCAACACUCAUCCCAUUUGAGAUCUCGGCCCUCAAUCUCGUUCUCACCUUCUGGCGGGACGACAUUCCUGUGGCUGCUGUCUGUGCGGCUUGCAUCGUCUUAUACGGCGCCAUCAAUGUGUUCGCUGUCAAGUACUAUGGUGAAGCAGAAUUCUGGCUGUCUAGCGGCAAAUUCCUACUCAUUCUAAUUGUCUACUCAUUCACCUUCGUGACGAUGGUCGGAGGCAACCCGCAACACGACGCCUACGGAUUUCGAUACUGGAACAACCCCGGCGCAUUUGCCGAGUACAUUACAACUGGCGCACUGGGGCGCUUUCAAGGAUUUUUAGCCGCGCUCUGGUCUGCGGCGUUUACCAUUGUGGGACCGGAGUAUCUCGCCAUGGUGGCAGGCGAGGCACAGAGACCGCGCUUAUACCUGAAGAAGGGAUUCAAGACGGUAUACUGGCGAUUCGGCUUCUUCUUCAUCGGCGGUGCGCUUUGCGUUGGUGUCAUUCUUCCAUACAACGACCCGACUAUGACCGAGAACGCUGGCGCGGGCACUGCAGCUGCCUCUCCGUAUGUGAUCGCCAUGCAGAACAUGGGCGUUGAUGUGUUGCCGCAUAUCACCAACGCGCUGCUUGUGACCAGCAUCUUCUCCGCCGGAAACGCAUACACCUAUUGCGCGAUGCGGUCCCUCUACGGCCUCGCUUUGGAGGGUCAGGCGCCCAAGUUCCUGCGCAAGUGCACCAAGAGCGGCAUCCCGAUCUACUGCUACUGCGCGACCAUGUUCUUCCCACUGCUGUCGUUCCUGUGCGUCUCGAACGGCUCCGCGCAGGCUGUCACCUGGCUCGCCAACCUGACGGAGGCGUCGCAGCUCAUCGACUACAUGAUCAUGAGCACCACCUACAUCUUUUUCUUCCGCGCGAUGAAGGCGCAGGGCCUCGACCGCCGCACACUCCCGUACCGUGGCUGGUGGCAGCCGUACUGCGCGUGGGUCUCGCUGGUCCUGAUGACGAUGAUCCUCGGCUGCUACGGAUACGCGACCUUCCUGCCCGGGUGGUGGGACAUCGGUGACUUCUUCUCCUACUAUACCAUGGUGUUUGUCGCCAUUCUCUCCUAUGCCGGUUGGAAGGUGAUCAAGAAGACCAAGGUUGUCAGCCCGCUGGAGGCCGACUUGGUGUGGGACAAGCCCAUCAUUGAUGCCUAUGAGGAUUCUUUGAAGACAAAGCCCGAGGGCUUUUGGAACGAGGUCCUACAGAUGUUCCGUCUCAAGAAGAAGAAGAAUGAGCCCGUCGAAGCUAUUUAG